AUGCAGACUACGAGCGGCAUCGGCAGCGUCACGUCCACGCGUUCCCAGGUGGAGGUGCCGGCGAAGACCUUUGGCGAUAUAGGCGCGAAGCUGGACGCGCUGCUGGGCGACUCCUAUGACCCGUUCGUCCCAGUGGUCACCGGCUAUAUCGCGAAGGACAUGACCCGCGCGGCUUCAUCACAACGCUGGGGCGCCACGGCUCCGAUCAGACCGCCGCGAUCAUCGGUGCGGCGGUGGGGGCGCCGGAGGUGCAGCUCUGGAAGGACCCCAGGGACGUCGGAGGCGUCUUCACCGCCGAUCGGCACAUCGCGCCGGCGGCCGCUCCGGUGCGGCUGCUGA